CUCUCGUCCUGCUCUGCCCACUGCAGAGGAGUCGAACAGCUUGGAGUUCUGGUUGGCAGGACGUAGUCGCCAAGGUGACUCCUGGCGAUAAAAGGAAUGUAGCCUUUGGCCACGGUUGGCCAAUCCAGCUGCCCCUUCCCGGGGCCAGCAUUCUCCAUGGACCUGGACGGCCGCAACUUUCCUGGGAGCCGAGGGCUUGGCCAUGGAGAAGCACACCAGAGUUGGUGUGAAACCGCCUUCCUGGCAGCCAAGCCUGGGCAGAGUUUGUGAUGCCUUCCUCCUCCAUCGGCAAACUUCUUGGACCGUGCCGGGUUCAGGCAGUGUGGGGGUCUCCGCCGCUAGACCACUAGUGCAGAGUCCUCUCCAGGGUGACGGGGUGGGGAGGAAUCGGCGCAGGAGUAGCAUUGCUCAGGCCUAGGGGACACAGCCCGUGGCCCCACCACACGGUGGGCUCUCCGUACAAGCCUAGAGGUGCACAGUGCUGGAGAAGGCCUUAGCUGCAACUUAAAGCUGGUGGAAGCAAGCCUGGCCAGGUAGCCGGUGGAGAAAGGGAGUGCAAAGCUAACCAAGACCAAGAAGGAUCCCAAGGGACACUCGGGCAAAGGCACCCAAUGUCCCCAGCUCCAGAAGCUGAGCCCGGAAACUCCCAGUGGUUUCACCUUCACUCAACGCUCUUGGGUUCUGACUGGCAGCCUCGUCCUUCACCAUCGAAUAUUGCGGGUGUUAUCAUAAUACCCUGAAGGGGGGGAAACGGGUCGGGGGAUGUAGGCGGUGCUGAAAUGACCGGCUUUGAAGAACCUGCAGGCAAAGUUUCGUCCAAUCGUCUGAGCCUGUCCUCUUAUUCCCGGUUGUAACUAAAUACUGCUGCGAGCGCAGCCGAAGCCCUUUGUUGGAGAUGUGCGAGCGCAGUCUCUACAGAGCGGGCUACGUGGGCUCGCUUCUGAAUCUGCAGUCGCCUGACUCCUUCUACUUCUCCAACCUGCGGCCGAAUGGCGGCCAGCUGGCCGCGCUCCCCCCCAUCUCAUACCCGCGAGGCGCGCUGCCCUGGGCCACCGCGCCCGCCUCCUGCGCCCCAGCGCAGCCUGCCGGGGCCACCGCCUUCGGCAGCUUCUCGCAGCCCUACCUGGCCGGUUCCGGCCCGCUUGGCCUACAGCCCCUGGGCGCCAAGGACGGACCCGAAGAGCAGGCCAAGUUCUAUGCGCCCGAUGUGGCUCCCGGGCCGGAGGAGCGUGGCCGGGCGCGGCCGCCCUUCGUCCCCGAAUCUGGCCUGGCCCCCGCGGCCGCGGCUCUCAAGGCCGCCAAGUACGACUACGCGGGCGUGGGCCGCGCGGCGGGCGGCUCUGCGGCCCUGCUCGAGGGGACCCCCUGCGCUGCCGGCUUCAAGGACGACGCCAAGGGCCCGCUCAACUUGAACAUGACAGUGCAGGCGGCGGGCGUCGCCUCCUGCCUGCGACCUUCGCUGCCCGACGGCCUGCCGUGGGGGGCGGCCCCAGGGAGGACCCGCAAGAAGCGGAAACCCUACACCAAGCAGCAGAUCGCGGAGCUGGAGAACGAAUUCCUCCUCAACGAAUUCAUCAACCGCCAGAAGCGCAAGGAAUUGUCCAACAGGCUGAACCUCAGCGACCAGCAGGUCAAAAUCUGGUUCCAGAAUCGGCGUAUGAAAAAGAAGCGCGUGGUCCUGCGCGAGCAGGCGCUGGCGCUGUACUAACCCCGCGCGUGGCCGCGGCUGGCCAGGCCUGCCUUUUAAGGCCGAGGCCUGGCGUGAAGGAAGAGCCGGGACUGGGGGCUUUUCCGUCUGCCCCUUUUUGCUCCUCCGUCCCAAGUACCCUCCCGCUCAGUCUGCAGCCCCAGAAGCCAGCAGAGGACUUGGAGACCUGGCCAGUUGGGCCUCUGCGCUUCCCACUCUCUGGGAGGAGCCUGCAGAAGUUGCAGUAUAACCUUGGCCUUGGGGCUUCCUGAGUGGGGGCCUGGGGUCACCUGUCCUAGCUCUCUUCUGGGGUAUUUACAUGGCGGCUCACCCUAGCACCCUUGUACUUGGAUUUCUGCUUCCACCUAGACUCCCUUUCCUCUUCUCCCCAGCCCUUUUUGAAUUUAACAGGCACCUCUCUAGAGCUCAGAGUGGAACUGAAUUUGGGAAGUCCUUCUAAGGAGUAGGAAAGGGCUGCAGGCACAUUUGGGUCUCUUUGCCGCCAAAGCCCCCUGCAGCAAAGCCAGAAACUUGGCUCUGGAGAAAGCAAAGGGCACCGCCCCCCUCCUCUCUGCCCUGGCUGAUUUGGGAGGACAAAAGCCACCCUUGAUAUUCAGACUUUGGGAGGAGAGGGGAGAGGAGGGACAGUGUGGCCGGACAAAUUCGAAGAUACCUCGGAGUUGGGUCUGGGCUGGCCCUUCCAGCUGGACAGAAUGGGGUGGAUACUUCCUUCCCAGGGAUUGGGGCAGGGAGGCGGAGGCUCCAGGACCUAGCGAACUGCCAUCUCUAGAUAGGACUGGUAAAAUUCUCCUACUUCUCCUGUCUCCUCACACAUGUCUAAGCCAGAGCCCUGCACUCUGUAAUUGGACUCAGCUCUGGUGAGGACAGCUGCUAAUCUGCUUUGAGGCUGGGUUGCACUAGGAGGUGGGAAAAAUAUCCAGGGGGAGGAGAAGGCAGUGAGCAAGGAGAGGGGUGUCCUACAUUCCAGCUGUAAAUAUGACCUCCCUGUUGAGGUGGGUAGAGGUGUAGACAUGUCUUUCUUGAAUUAGGAUAAUGGGCCACCGUUUGGAGAUGUGAAAGCUCCUCCACCAGUCAGGGGGCAAAGAAGGAGGCCCCUCAAAUUCUCAGCCCCUGGUCGCUGCUCUGACCAAGUAGAGAGAAGUUCCCUUCUCUUACCCUUUUCACCACCGGACAACUCCACCAGGGGCCUUUCUGUGCCUCAGCCACUGUGCCUUUUCUGAGGCCAUGGCUGGCUUCCCUCGAUGGAGCUGGAGCGGUAAGGCCCUGAGCCCUUCUGGGCUUGCUUUCUGGAAGCUGGGGUUCCUGAUGCCACAUGGAGUUGUUUUGCAUAUGUUGGGUUGUCCUGGCUUACCCUCAGUGAAACUGAGGGAGGCCCCCCCAAGCUCCUUCUAACACCCCUGCCCCUUUUCCCUCUCCUUCUGAGAAGUAGCGCCCCCCAACUCCUACUGAAGUGUAUGACAGCCAAAGAGUUGAAGAUUCCUUCCCAAAGUCCAGUGAUUUAUUUUCAGUGGAGGACUAGGCCCUAAGAUAUGGAGUGGGCACCUCACAGAGAGCCCCAAGCCUCCACCCAAACGACCUCAGUUUAUGUUGACUAAUUGCAAUUUCUUUGCUAUCUAAUAGUUGUUGUGCAUGGUUUCUGUUGUUUUGAUUUUGUUAAACAACAACAACAACAACCCAAGAGCUUGUAUAUAUCAGAUACAUCGAAAUGUUUUGAGUGGAAAUAAAUAUCCAGGUCCCAGUCAAGGUGUCAAGGGACUGAUGUCAAUUUUUCAAAACGUUUCGGAUUCCCUCCUAAUGAUUU